AAAUUUUCUGUAGUAGAUAAGUUUACCAAAUCCGUCCGUUGAAGUCAGAAUGCGUCAUUAAUAUAAGUCAUUUUUUGGAAGCGCAGAAGAUCGUAGAGUCAAACUAAAAUAUCUACGAUCAACUUUAAUUCCUUUAAUUAGUGUCUAGCUGAAAUACGUUGAUUGUUCUGUGGUAAACCCCAUUAUUUCCUAAAAUUACUACAUUUGAAAUCCCUUGCCUCCAAAGCUUUAACUUUCUUUAUUGAUUAUGGCCUCAAUGAAACAGCAAAAUUCUUCCUUGGCAAAAGCGAUUAUGAUCAUACCUAAAAGUGCAGUUGAUUCACAUACGAUAGGAAAAUAUUCAAUUUUCCGUGAUCUCUUACUUAAUAAUUAUUCGAAAUCACUAAGUGUUUUGAAGGCAUUGGUUAACAGAUUGGCAGCAACGAAAGCUCAAAAUAGAGGAAAUGAGAAGACAUUCACAUUCGUCAUCAACGUGGAGACGUUUCUCUGCUUGAUGCUACGUGACGCCAUACAAUCACCAACCGUAGAACAGUUACUGUCAAAAUUAAGCUUUGAGGAAAAGUAUAUCAAAAACCACGACAAAAUAAAAAAAGAAGAUAUGGUUGUGAAAUUAAAAAGUUCUCAUUUAAAUGGUGAAGAGAAUCUUGAAAUAUUGUUGGAAUUUCAAAAAAAUCCAUUGAAAAGACUUGAAGCUGGUGCCACAGAUAAAGAUGCUGACGAUUGCAUGGAGAUAAUUGAGGAGGCAAAUACUCUUCCUAUUAUAGUUGAUUCAAAUGUGGCUAUGUCAAGUACUACGAACUCACAAUAUAUUGGUGGGGCCAGAAAAAAAAUUCCAAGAAAUAUUACCAAAAAUGAUUUCCCUAAUAUGGACAGCUUUCAAAAACUUCGUAAACGAUAUAAACAAAAUUUGGACGCGUUUACAGGAGCAGAAGUGCCAAAUUGCACAUACAGCUGUUCUGAAAAACCAUGCCAUAGCAAAGGAAAGGCUCCUGACUGUAACGUUAAAGACGAAGAAAGCCAUGGUAGAAGUAACGAAUAUAGUUAUUAUGGUUACGAUUUACCUGAAUCAGCUUCCUUGUUUGUUGAUCAUCACUAUUUAAGAAGUAAUUGCUUUAAUCAUUAUAGAAGCGAAACUGAUAAGUAUAAUGAUGCUCUUAAUGAAUAUCGUCACUCAGAUGUUUAUAAAGCUUACCAUGGUAUUGAAAAUAGUAGUGCCAAUAAUGCAGAUGUAGGACACGACUAUUAUUUUUACGAUGGUGAUGAUCAGGAAGGCGAUGAUUUAAGUGAAAAAAGUCGACGCUGGAAAAAUUUAUUGUUCAAACUUAAAGUCGAAGCCAUUAGAGAACGUAAAAUGGCCGAACGCUUUUCUGACUUUUAUGAUUUUAUUGAUUAAAUUUACUAAAAAAAUUAAAAUAAAAUAA